AUGAUUGGUGUCGGUUUGUCCUCUGAUGCAGCUUCUCCGCUCAAGAACCCGCCUCCUCUUAGCAUCCUUCAACUCUUGAUCUUUUAUGCUCGUGUAAUCCGGUCACUUUGGUUGCUUUCUUUGGUGAAGAGUCUUCUCUUCAAGCUUUGUUGUUUACGGUUUUUGAAGUGGGAAGCGGUCUCGAGGCUCAGUUUAGACUAUUUGGGAUGUUAUCGCGCCUUCAAACUCUGUUGCUUUCGUUGCUUGGAUGAUGUUUCUUCUUGA